GUCAGCAGCGGAAACAGCAGCAGCAGCGGCAGACAUGGCGUCCACAGCGGCGACCCGAGCAGCGGCUGCUACUACUAAAGUCGUUAAACCGAUUUUUAGCCGGGACUUGGAUGAGGCUAAGCGCAGGGUCCGGGAGCUGUACCGAGCCUGGUACCGAGAGGUCCCUAACACAGUGGCAAUGUUCCAGCUGGACAUCACAACACGUCAGGGAAGAAACAAAGUGAGGGAGAUGUUUGACAAAAACAAGCACGUCACCGACCCUCGUGUGAUUGACAUGUUAGUCAUUAAGGGGAAAAUGGAACUUCAGGAAACAAUCCACGUCUGGAAGCAGAAAACCCACGUAAUGCGCUAUUUCCACGAGACCGAGGAGGCUCGUCCCACCGACUUCCUGUCCAAAUUCUACCACGGUCAUGACCCGUGAACUGUGUGGCUUUCAGCUGACCUCUGACCCCUUUUUGCUUGUGUCCAGUCCUUUAUUGUAAAUACACACUUAACACUCAAAUAA